UUGUGUAAAUGAAAUAAAUCUAAAAUAGUGAGAUGAAAAUUAAUUGUGUUAAUGUUAAUGGUCAGAAAAAUGCCUGAAGACAAUAGAUUGUGUAAUCUGCAAAAAGAAGAUAUUAUCUCAAAUAGUUUUGGGUUCAAAAGUGUAAAGUGCAAUUUUGCGAUAGACUGAGAAAAACACAAAACAAGUGUGGAAAAUUUCACAUUUGAAACUCAGCAGUAACUAAUAAAAACUUGGCGUGUUUUAUAUACGAGAAUAUUUCCCGUGCCCUUAAACACCCUUGUCAAAAUUCCACAAUCUUUCCGUCCUCUUGGCAUUGUGGAGUGCGCGGCAAUUAAGUCUAGAUUCAUAGUGCGAAGGAAAAAAAGGCGAAAGAAGUAAAUAGAAAGUUUAAUUGCCAACAGCCACCAGUGUCGUGAGUGUGGAAUUACUUUCCUCUAUCUGUCCUAUUUUGCUCCAAAGUCGGUGGCCAUUAAAACCAAACGAUCAACAAAUCGAUUGGGUAAUUGUCCUCAGUGAGCUUAAAGUAAAGGAAGAAUAGUUAAAAGUAUAAUUGUGUUUGAGCUCAUUGCAAAGUGUAAUUGAAGUGUUACAGAAAGUUAAUCCUGUUUGGUAAUAUUUCAGUGCCAAAGCAAAUACCACCACAUUUGUUUUUGUGUUUUCAAAAAUAAUUGUGUCAUAAUAAUUAAGGAUACAAGCAAGUUUAAGUGAUACAUUGAGAUAAUUGGCGGGCAGCAAACAAUUAAAUUCAGCCACCGUCAUUACUAUCGAAUAAAUACAGAUAAGAUAUAGUUCAACACAAAAAAGGUAUCAAAAAGUCGAAGCAAAAUAAAAAAGGUAUAAUUUAAUAAAAAAGACAACAAAAUGGUUGCAAUCAGUUCUGGCGUCAAUGCGUCAAAUAUAAAGAAAACAGCUGCUGCCGAGUCCACAGCCUCUACAGUGAUGCUAACCGCCAGUGGUAAACCAAAAGAAAAACGAAGAAACAAUGAAAAACGUAAGGAAAAAUCACGCGAUGCGGCCAGAUGCCGACGUUCACGCGAAACGGAGAUCUUCAGCGAAUUGGCACAGAUUUUGCCAUUGCGCAAAGAGGACGUCAACCAAUUGGACAAAGCAUCUAUAAUGCGCAUCGCCAUAGCUUUCCUGAAAGUACGCGAAAUGCUGCAGUUGUUCCCAAAAAUUCAAGAUCUUCUUGGAGAUAUAAAACUAGACAAUGAUAUUGACGAUAACUCCAACAGUUCAACUCAAAUGUCCGUUUCAACAACGGAAAACACCGAUGGAAAAUUUGAUUUACUCAAAUGUGCCGAGGCAACACAAUUUAUCAAACAGACCUUGGAUGGUUUUCUGAUUAUACUCUCCAAUGAUGGCGACAUUACCUAUGUUUCAGACAACAUAACUGAUUAUUUAGGCUUAGCAAAGAUUGACAUACUCGGCCAACAAAUUUGGGAGUACAGCCACCAAUGUGAUCAUGCCGAACUCAAAGAGGCGCUAAACAUCAAACGCAACCGUCUGCCCGAUAAGAUUAAAGAUGAGAAUAUGAUCGAAGAAGGCAUUUCGACCGAGCAUCGUGAUCUUUUCGUGCGUCUCAAAUGCACAUUGACCAGUCGUGGACGUAGUAUCAAUAUCAAGAGCGCUUCGUACAAGGUUAUACACAUAACUGGUCACUUGGUGGUUAACACGAAAGAUGAUCGUGUACUGGUCGCCAUCGGUCGCCCAAUACCGCAUCCCUCCAAUAUAGAAAUUCCACUGGGCACUACAACAUUCUUGACAAAACACUCUUUGGAUAUGAAAUUUACAUAUGUGGAUGAGAAAAUGCAAAAUCUCUUCGGUUACAAGGCCGAAGAUCUACUUGAGCAAUCACUGUUUGCCUGCCAUCAUGGCGGUGAUUCGAACAGGCUAAUGGCAACAUUCAAAACCGUGUUGAGCAAGGGCCAAGGUGAGACUUGUCGCUAUAGAUUCCUGGGUAAAUACGGCGGUUAUUGUUGGAUCGUGACACAAGCCACAAUUGUUUAUGAUAAAUUGAAACCACAAAGUGUUGUUUGCGUUAAUUAUGUCAUAAGGUAA